UGACCUAACCAAACUUUCACACGUAAACAAAUAAAAAUGGCAAAUCAACAAGUAAAAUCCGAUUUUAAGUAAAAAAAAACCAUUAAAUCCGGGUUAUUUGCGUUAUAAUCUAAUCUUUAAAUUAUUUUGUACAUAUUUACUACAAAUAUUUUAUUUUCCGACAAUGAGCGUCGAAAAAUAGCUGGGAAACCCUUGCGAAACAAUUUUACCCCUUGGCAAUAUAUUUGCAUUAAUUAGUAUGUUAAAAAGCGAUUUAAAAUGUUGAUAACAUGUUUUCGUAUAAAAAGAAUCUACUUCAAAUUACUUUUGUUCCUAUUCCUUGUCGGUUCCGUUCUUCUGUUGUACUUAAAAUAUCAACACACCAACCCGAGUAAGUUGAGUCCGGAGAAACUGGUUCGGAGUGAGGAAACUCAGGGUUAUGAACUGGCACUGACCGAAUGGGAAUCAAAAAUUAUACCAGGUUUGGGUUAUUUGGGUGAACCGGCUGCCUUAGACGGAGAAGAUGCCCUGGCAGGAGAAAAGGCCUUAAAGAAAUUCGCCUUGAACACAGUACUGAGUGACCGGAUGCCCUUGGACCGCAAACUGAGGGACCCACGAAACACUAAGUGUAAAGAGUUGAGCUACUCGCCGAAAAUAAAAGCAUCUAUAAUUGUGAUAUUUUACAAUGAACUUAUGUCUGUUAUACUAAGGACUGUUUGGAGUGUUCUUUUACAAACACCCAGUCAUUUAUUGGAAGAGAUUAUUUUGGUGGAUGAUUGCAGCACUGAUGAUAAACUAAAGCAUUUAUUAAGUUACUAUUUAGAAACCAGGCUGAAAAACUACAAUGUGAAACUGAUAAGGCUCAAACAUAGGAUGGGACUUAUAAGGGCCCGGCUUCAGGGGGCCAGGGAGGCCAAAGGAGAUGUACUGAUAUUUUUAGAUGCCCACUGCGAGGCAACCAAAGACUGGAUUGAGCCGCUGCUUUCCAGGAUAGAAGAGGAUCGUACGGCCGUUUUGGUACCUAUAAUUGAUGUUAUCGAGGCGAAUACUUUGGCUUACUCCACCAAUGGUGAUCAGAGUUUCCAAGUGGGUGGUUUCUCAUGGUCAGGCCAUUUCACUUGGAUCGACAUCCAGGAUGAAAACGAUCGUGGCAAAGUGACACCCGUAAAGUCUCCUACGAUGGCCGGAGGCCUGUUUGCCAUGGAUCGAAGGUUUUUCUGGGAUAUUGGGUCUUACGAUGAGCAAAUGGACGGGUGGGGCGGCGAGAAUUUGGAGAUGUCUUUUAGGAUAUGGCAGUGCGGAGGGAGACUAGAAACGGUGCCUUGUUCCAGGGUGGGUCAUAUUUUUCGGGACUUUCAUCCCUACUCGUUCCCGGAUAACAAAGACACCCACGGGAUAAAUACCGCCCGAUUGGCCCACGUCUGGAUGGACGACUAUAAAAGGCUGUUUUUCAUGUACCAAUCGAAUUUGGAAAAUAAUCCGAUCGUGGGCGACCUCACCCACAGGAAACAGCUCAGACAAAAACUGCGAUGCAAAAGUUUCAAAUGGUACUUGGACAACGUUUACCCGGAGAAGUUCGUGCCGGACGAGAACGUGUUCGCUUACGGGCAAGUGAAAAGCGAAUUCGACAUGUGCCUCGACGAUCUUCAGUUGCCCGACGAUAAAGUCGGUCCGUUGGGUCUUUAUCAGUGUCAUCAGUACCUUGCCAUGUCCCAGUUUUUUUCCUUAAGUAGGCAUGGAGAACUUAGAAAGGAAAACGUAUGUGCGGAAGUAAUGAACGAGCAGGAGGUGCGACUGACCGAAUGCCACGGACACAAACGGGAACAGUACUGGAUUUUGUACAAAAACGGGACCAUUUUCAACCCGGAAACCGGGAAAUGUUUGAGCAGCGACGGUGUGGAAAACGGGAAGGGGUUAAUAGUUGAACGGUGUAAGGGCGGGGUCUUUCAAAAGUGGACUUUUACCAAUACGAAUACCAGUGCCGUAUUGAUCUGAUAACGCACUAGGGUUGUGUUUAAUGUGUUAUAAUUUGUACUCGAAGACUUAUUAUUGUACAGGAAUAUGUUUAAUAUAUAUAAAUGGGUAUUUUUUGA